AUGUAUCACGCGAAGAAUCGACUAUCAUGUUUGCUGUGUCACUUGGCAGUACAGGAUAACGAACUUGUUGCUACUGGUGCCGCCCAAGAGCCUUUGUUUCGUCCAUACAAAGAUGUUUUCUGCCAGAAACCCUACUGUCUACCAUGCCAAUCUGGUCAAAUACAAAUACCAAACUGUGUUCAUUGGGACUGCUACCAGUAUUACCAGCACUUCUUUCCAAAAUCACGGCUACGACUUCGAGACUUACUACAGUUGUCUGGGACUGUAAACUUUGCAUAUCCCAAUAGCGGAAGAGAGCAGCAUGCGUAUACCAAAUACAUAGGCUGUCUGAAUGCGAUUUGUGGCGAUCCAGAGAAGGGUUCGACAAACUUACUACAGAUGAUGGCCCAGAAACUCUCACGAGAACUCCUUUGUCGUAUCGCAGAGUUUUCGUGGCCGUGUGCUCUGCAGCAGCCUGUAACAAUUCUAGGAGAGGAAAAGUCACUACAAGAUUUUUGGGAGAGAAAGGAACACGAUACAAUCGACAUCAUAGAGUAUAGUGGAGAGCCCGUCUCGGCUGCGAAAGUAGUCUUUUUAGGCUCCUCAUACGUGAGGAAUCUGAGCAUCGACAGAAAAGCGACCAUUUACAGGCGAGGCGAGUUGGCUAUUACUGUCACCCGAGACAGUGUAGGGGUCAUAGAGGUCAACUUUAAAGGCGAAUUUCCAUUCUCACGGCAGGAUCUUUGGUAUAAAAUCAUACGUACUAGCGCAGAGCAUCUCAAACUACGUGCCCGUAUCAUGAACAUUCUCACAGAAUUCGAACCGGGAAACGAAGAGUCACCUUGGAUCCCGUACUGGGACAUCCCAUUACUGCAUCCACCUAUGGUAGAUACGUGGUAUAUCAAUGAUCGCAAUUCAUCUCCUCCAACCCUGAUGAGAUACGUGGAACUAAGGAACGACACACGGGGUGUCGUUGUCUGGUGCACUCUGAGUGGCAUCAUUAGCAUCAAUACUUACACCGACAGUAGCAAAUGGAGAUUCUCCGGAGAUGAAAGUCGACAUAUUAGGGACGUGGUGUGUAUCUAUUUUCCUCUUGCAAAGAACGAGGACGUCGUAUCAGCUUGGGUGCGCGAGUUAAAUAAUGGUAUCAACAUACAUUGUCCCGCUCUCAUCCUCAGCACUUCUCUACAACGAACAUGCACAUUUGGACCAUAUAUUCCUAGCGAACAACAGGACAGCUAUUUGUACCAUCCCCUCGCUUCUUAUGACAGUCGAGUAACGGGUGUUUGUUACAACGACAAGGGAAUCUCAUCUUCAGAGCAGAUGAGAAUCGGUGUAACACAGGAAAAAGUAUCGCUGCGAUCCCCACCUGACAGGCCUUUCCAGGCGACACACACACCCCCAAUUUCACCAAUUCCACAAUGGUUCCAGUCUUUGGGAACAAUGACUGGAGUCGACCGCGUACGACUAUAUACGGACAACAAGAUGCCACAGAAGCCUACAAUUGGGAUAUUGUUGAUAUACGAAGACCACGAAGAACUACUGGGACGGUUUGGCUAUGAUUACGAUAUUGAGGAUUAUGAGUUGACUGGGCAGAUGUACUUUUUCUUAGAGCAGACGGAAAUGGGACCCUACACAAAAGUCUUUUGUAACAGAAAAGUGGAAGAAGGCUGGGUCAUGAUUCCACGAAAUGCAGAACUUGUGUGGUGGUUUACAUCUAGCUGCUCGGUAUUAGAGAUCCUUCAAGAAUAG